AGUCAAGUUCCCUGUGUAGCUUUGAUAAUCAUCUCAAAACAUUUGAAGGGAUUUGACAAGCCCACACACCUCCAUCCUCACAAAUACACAAGUAUCUCUGGGUUAAUCUAGGGGUUCAGGAGAUACAGAUAUGCCAAAAGGUUUUGGAGACCCAACUCCAUCAAAAAGCCUGAGGAGGAGACUUGAAAGCUCACUGCCAUAACCAACCUGGGCAGUUUUCAAUUUAGCUACGUUCAGCAACCUACAAAUCAGUCUGCAAGGCACUAUGAGGAAGACAGCUUUCAGACCUCGGCUAUGUUGCAGGUGAUUCUGCCAAGAACCGUGAAGUACAGAUGCUCUGAAACCUUUGAUGAGAACAACAUCAAAAUUAAGGUGAUUAGGAAGUUUCUGAGGAUACAACACACAUGGUUUGCCAACUGGAGGAAAAAAAAAAAGAGUCCACGCAGAAAGGACAGCCAAGGACAAAAGCAAAGGGACAACAAUGAGAUUGCCUUGGUAAAGGACCAGAAAGUAGCCCGGUGGCUGUAGGAGUAAGUAGCCAUCAGCACAAGGUAUGUGGUCCAUUUUUAAUCAAUGACUAGGAGAUGGCUUCUCAUUCACCUGUCACCUCCACAGUGCUGGCAUUAUCACACAAUGAGGGUGUGCUCAGCCUCAGUCGCUUCUAUCCACAGGAUUUCCCAAGCAAGAAUACUGGAGUGGGAUGCCAUUUCCUUCUCCAGGGGACCUUCCCCAGCCAGGGAUGGAACGCCCGUUUUCUGCGGUGGCAGGCGUGAGCCACCAGGGAAGUCCCACAUCACGCAGUAGCCAGGAAAAAAAAAAAAAAACAAGCCGAGUAAGGUAGAGCUAAAUCGCGCUACAGUAUUUUUCAGCUAUCUCACAAGAGCUGAUUAAAAACUCCAUCCACUUCCAGCGAACCAAGAGUAGAAACACUAGUUCUAGAGAGAAUUAGCGCAUCGCCUAGACAGUGCCUGUGCAUUCCCGACGGCUUCACGAUAAGGCUCUUUUCGGUUUUAUCACCGUCUCCUCCCUUAAGGCCCCUACCGGCACACCCUCAAAGAUCCACAAUUUUGGAAAAUUCUCAGGAACCUCCUCCUGCGAGCGGUUCUUCAAGCCACUCCAUACGUAGCCUUGCCUCCCCAGCCUUGGGCCCUCCAAACUAGAAAGCAGCGCCCCUUCUCCAGACGGAGCAAACCAGCUCUCAUAGAGAAAGCGAUUGCUCACAGACUAAAUCCGCAACGUCACAUCCAACCCCCGGCCCCAGCCGCCGCUUUACACCGGAAGUCGCCGGCGUGACGUGGACAAAACGCCCGCCGGGGACGUGCCCCCGUAGAGCCAAUGGGCUCUGUCCACCUCCCUUCUCUGUCACCAUUUUGUCUAUUCACGGCCUGUGACGUCAGAGGGAGGCGCGGAGGGAGAUACGGAAUCCAAGAGGGGCCAGGCGUCGCCGUCGCUCUGAAGGCAGAGGAGAGGCAAGAUGGUUUACAUCUCGAAUGGACAAGUGUUGGACAGCAGGAGUCAGUCCCCAUGGAGACUAUCUUUCAUAACAGAUUUCUUCUGGGGAAUAGCUGAGUUCGUGGUUUUGUUUUUCAGAACUCUGCUUCAACAAGAUGUGAAAAAGAGAAGAGGCUACGGAAGCUCAUCUGAUUCCAGAUAUGAUGAUGGAAGAGGGCCACCAGGAAACCCCCCCAGAAGAAGAAUGGGUCGAAUUAAUCAUCUGCAGGGCCCUAAUCCUCCUCCAAUGGCCGGUGGAUGAGGAAGGUAAAUGUCUGCUCUAAGAAGCAGACAACUGGACGUGCACAUUAAUAGAAGGAAACCAUCAAGAAAUGGAGUGCUGAUCAUGCCGGACAAGUUAGAUGAAUGUGUACGUCUAAACAAGGAUUGCUCUGUGUCCUCACAGACGAAUGAGGUCAUGCUGGGAAUUCCCUCCGCAGGGAUCUGGCAUGACUGACACGCAGUUCUAUAAAUGCACGUUUGUCUCAUCUUUUUUCUAUCGUCUGUGAAAGUGUUAAUAUAGUUUUAAUAAGUAAAUAUUUUUAGGUUACAAAGCUGACUUCUCAACUUCUCAUCUUUAUAUAAUUAAAAAGCUGCAAAGUUGAAGGAAAAUAAAAGACUGUGUAUUGAAUACUAUUAGUGUCACCUUUUUCAACUUAUGAAAUAUUGUUCAUUGUUGGGUUUUUUGUUUUCAUUUAUAAAUAAAUCACUGUGCUUAUUUCAAUAGUA